UAUUCUCGUGUUUUCUUAGCCAAUUUCAUCUUCAUUCUUCAUUUCUUUGUUGUCGUAAUGUUAGUUUCCUUGCUUCUAUGUUACUGUUCUUCUUUUCUUCCCUAUUUCCGUCUUCCUUGAGCUUACAGAGUUUAUGAAUGAAUCUCCUAAUUUCCGCGUUGAGAAAUUUGGUGAAAGCUCGAGGUUCUUUGUUUAUGAACUUAUAUAUAGUUUUGCGUUGUUGUGACUAAUAUGUAGACUGAAUCUUCUUCUUCCUACGUUUUUUUUCCUUUUACUUACCGCUUAUCUGAAAGAAUUUUAGAAUUUAAGAUCUGCAACAUGUCUUUUUGUUUUUUUCAACGUGCUGAACAGUCAAAGAGUUAUGAAUUCCGCUCUUUCCUUUUUUGAUGAAGCGAAUUUUCUUUUUUCUUUUUGAUCUCUGGAUUGAUUUCGGUUUCAGUUAUACCUGUAAAUUUAAUGCAUUAAUACCAGCGACUGCACACAUGGUUCAUUUUUGACCUUCUGUUCGCAGAUUUAUUUAUUUUGGCUUAAAUACUUUGUUUUUUCUGCCUCUUAAACGUCCUGAUUUCGGGGGCAAAAGCUACGAGAUUGUUCUUUUUCUGUUUUCUGUUUUCUUUUCUAUGUGACUGUUUGCAGCGGCUCCUCAUUUCUUAACAGUUAUGCUAAUCAUUUAGGUUGUUGUUAUAUGUGAAAUUCCGAUAUGUUUCAGUGUACUGAGCGCAGUGCUUUCUGGCCUGUUCUUUUGGAAAUGUUUCUGUUCGUCUCUGAAAUUCGCGCCAUAUUUUAGAGAAGUAUCUUUGGGUUAAUGAAGAUGAAAGUUUCCAAUCAUAAUGACAAUUUUCUCCCCUACCUCUUUCAUCGUUUUUCCUUCUGGAAGCCAGCUUAUUGGAAGGAUAGAAGAAAGUACUUUGAAAUUGGGCACCGUGUCUUAUAGUCUAGGUAUAAAAUCCGGGCUUUCUUCUUUCUGUAAUUUUGAUGUCUCCACCACUACUUGAUGUUGGGGAGGUGGAGGAAAGUCGCAGCAAUGUCACUCUGUUGGCUUCCUCAAACUCAAUGGAGAGUGUCAGCCCAAACAAUUUGGGAUUUGAAGAGCGUAAUUACAUGGGAUUAUCUGAUUCCUCUUCGGAGGACAGCUGUAUGACUGCCACAAAGUCUGAUGGGAACAAACCCUCGCUGAAUCUUAAGGCUACAGAAUUGAGACUAGGUCUCCCUGGAUCUGAAUCCCCCGAGAGAGACCCAGAUAUCAGCUUGCGUAGCUCUUCUCAACUUGAUGAAAAACCACUAUUUCCUUUGCACCCAUCAAGUGAUGGUCACUACUCUUCCCCACAUAAGACUGUUGUCUCAGGCAACAAGAGGGGGUUUUCUGAUGCUAUGAACGAAUUCUCAGAGGAAAAAUAUCACGCUAACAUAGGUUUGAAAGCUGGUUCUUUGCUAGAGAACCUUGGAAGUCAAAUGGGGAAAGUGAAAGAACCAACCACACCAAAGGCUGUACAAGAGAGGCCUCAGGAAAAUAGUGAAACUAGGCCAUCUCAUAAUGAGACUGCAAAUAACAACACCAGCGCACCUGUUUCCAAGGCACAGGUUGUGGGUUGGCCGCCCAUAAGAUCUUUCAGGAAGAACACAUUGGCUACAACUUCAAAGAACAAUGAUGAAGUUGAUGGAAAGGCAAUGCCUGGGGCAUUCUUUAUCAAAGUCAGCAUGGAUGGUGCUCCUUAUCUUAGGAAGGUCGAUCUGAGGAACUACUCUGCAUAUCAGGAGCUGUCUUCUGCCCUUGAGAAGAUGUUCAGCUGUUUUACGAUAGGUCAAUAUGGAGCUCAUGGAGCUCUGGGCAUGGAGAAAAUGAGUGAGAGCAAGCUGAAAGAUCUUCUUCAUGGCUCAGAAUAUGUUCUAACAUACGAAGAUAAGGAUGGUGAUUGGAUGCUUGUUGGUGAUGUCCCCUGGGAGAUGUUCAUCGACUCUUGUAAGAGGCUGAGGAUUAUGAAGAGCUCGGAUGCAAUUGGACUGGCUCCUAGGGCGGUGGAGAAGUGCCGUAACAGGAACUAGCUAAUAAGCGCAAUGCCACGGUUGAUGCUAUCCAUCCAAAUGUUGGAACAAGAUUGAUCUAAACCAUAAUUACCUCAUACGUGGCUCUGGAAGGUGGUUCGAGGAAUGAUGGAGUGUUGGAUGGGAUAGGUUGUUGUGUGCAUUUCCCUUUGUUACCUUCUGUUUCUUUCUUCUUUCUUCUUUCUUCUUUUCUUUAUUAUGUUUAUGUUACUUUGAUGGUGUCUAAGCAGUUGUCUAGUUUGUGAAUUGAACUAUUUAAGAAUUAUUGAGAAAGUCUGCAGAUUUGUGGACAAGUUCCUGUCCCCUAUUUGCAGGACUCCUGAAAGUUUGUAAAGUUAUUGGUUGUCAAACUGUGUUGUUUUGAAUGCUCUGUAAUAUUGUAAACAUUCUGUCUAUUUGACUUUGACUCCUUCAAAUCCUA